CACGCGUCAUGUUGCAUUGAAGGUGAUGUAUCUAGGGUAUGGUUACCAAGGUUACGCAAGUCAAGAAGAUUCUGACAAAACAAUUGAACAUGCCUUGUUUGAAGCCUUGAAGAAGACUAGGCUGAUUGAGUCCAGGGAGACGUCGUGUUACCACCGGUGUGGACGCACAGACAAAGGUGUCAGUGCCUUCAGUCAGGUGAUUUCACUGGAUCUUCGAACCAAUCUACUCUCAGGUGUAGGGGUGAAGGUCAGAGAGGGUGGAACAGCUGCUGAAAGACCAGGGGACAAGACCACUGAGAUUCAAUACUGUCACAUUCUCAACAAAAAUCUACCUCCAGAAAUCCGAGCACUAGCUUGGGCACCUGUCGAUCCAGAAUUUAGCUCCAGAUUCAGUUGUAAGAAGAGGACAUACAAGUAUUUCUUCCUGAGGGGCAGUUUGAAUAUUGAGAUAAUGGACCAAGCAGCAAAGAAAUUGAUAGAACACGACUUUAGGAACUUGUGCAAACAGGACAUAGCAGGUGGUGUGACAAACUUCGUACGUAAAAUUUUGAGUGCGGAGAUCAAGGUUCUGGAUGAGACAGAUCAAGGUGGCUACACGAUGUGUGAACUGACGAUAGUUGGCACAGCUUUUUUGUAUCAUCAGAUACGAUGUAUAGUUUCUGUACUCUUCCUAGUUGGAAAAGAACAAGAGUCACCCGAGGUAAUAGAUGAAUUGCUCAAUGUUGAAAAGAACCCUAAAAAACCUCAGUUCAAUAUGUCCUCAGAUAUUCCAUUAUGUCUGUAUGAUGCCAACUUUGGUGAUGAAUUUGAGUGGAUACAUGAAGCAUACUGGCAUGAGGAUAAUAUCAAGACAUUACAGCAGCUUUGGGCAGAGCAUUCUAUCAAGGCCACAAUGCUGAAGAAAAUGUUGGAAGAUCUAGACAAAGCUAAGGUUGAAACAGAGUGUGAUAUAGCACCAUGGUCUGACUUGAGUCCACCAGUUCUGCACCAGGCAGAUUGGAUAUUCCCAGAUAAAAGUAGAGUAUAUAGACCUCUAAUGGAACGGGAAAAGGGAGCAUUUACAGUGGAGGAAAAAAUCGAGAAUUUUGCGAAGAAACGUAAACUGAACCCUGACAGCGAGAAAGAUUCUACUGACAAGGAAGGGGAAUGAUGGAAGGUUUUUCCUAGGAAAGUACCAUCAGCAGCAGUACUGCAGCGUGUUUGGUUUCUCUCCGCUGGAGUCGAAUUACCUGAGCGUAUUGGCUGAGAAGAUAUCUUGGGGGACAACUGUAAACAAGAUUGUAAAAGGUCCAAAAAUGGAAAUAAAUGAGAAAUUGUCAAAGCUGACAAACAUCUAAAGCAAUAAACUGCCAUCUUUGAAACAGCUAAAGAAAUAAACUGCCAUCAUUGACAUAAGUUGCACGAGAUUGUGUAUUUUGUCUAGUCUUUGGUUUACUGGAACACAAAGGUGUGCCAAGCACACAUGGCCAGAAGCAGGCAGUAUCAUUGGGACACUUAUCCAACAUUGAAUCUACACAUUUGGCUCAGAUAGAAUUUCCGUCAUUGACAUAAUUCUAUAUUCAAAUGCUAGUUUUUUCUGUCUGGAAUCCAGGUGCUUUAAAUAAUGCAUGUGGUAAACCAGAGGUGUGCUUGUAAUUUUUCAAUUUAGAUGAUUUUUUUUUUAAUUUGAGUGCCAUCUGCAGUUUUCAGCCAUUGAUGGGCUUCCAUUAUAUACUGCAUUACAUUUUUUAUUGAAGAUUGAAGCUUAUUUAUAUAUUAAACUUAUAUUUCACUGACCUCUCUCUUACCUACUUAAGAACUAAAUAAUAUAUAAGAAAGUUUUAAAAAUGAGACCAGUCUUAUAAGUUUAUUUGGUCAGUUUUAGGAUUUUGUUCUGAAACAACCAAUCAGAAGUUAGAUUUUGUAGACUGGUCUUCAAACUUGCUUUAUAACUGUGGAACAAGGAAUCAGUCAGAUGCUAGAUUUUGUAGACUGGUCUUCAAACUUGCUUUAUAACUGUGGAACUAGGAAUCAGUUAGAUGCUAGAUUUUGUAGACUGGUCUUCAAACUUGGCGUUAUAACUGUGGAACCAGGAAUCAGUCAGAUGCUAGAUUUUGUAGACUGGUCUUCAAAUAUGGCUUUAUAACUGUGGAACUAGGAAUCAGUCAGAUGCUAGAUUUUCAAACUUGCUUUAUAAGUGUGGAACCAGGAAUCGGUCAGAUGCUAGAUUUUGUAGACUGGUCUUCAAACUUUGCCUUAUAAAUGUGGUACCAGGAAUCAGUCAGAUGCUAGAUUUUGUAGACUGGCCUUCAAACUUGGCUUUAUAAAUGUGGAACCAGAAAUCAGUCAGAUGCUAGAUUUUGUAGACUGGUCUUCAAACUUGGCUUUAUAACUCACUGUCAGUGUAGUUAAACUUAGAUUGCUUUUAUAUUAUCAUUAGAUGACCGAUAUUUAACUAGAAACCCUUGAGAAGUGGGUAAUCAACAAGAAUAUUUCUGAGAGAAUAUUAGGUGUCAGAUGUAGAUAUAAAAUAAUAAGAUAUAUUUUGUAUAAAUAUGUAUAGAUUUGUAUAAAGGAUUGUGCUUAUAUUUUGAUAUGGGCGAGCAAUAUUGUCUCGUGUUGCUUUCCUUUAAAUAUUCUCGAAGUAAAUAAUGCAGUUUAUAUAUAAAUCUAGUCAGUGGUAUUUUGUAAAAGUGCUAUUGUUUUUAAUUCUUCCGAUGUUAUUAUUUACCAUUGAUAAUGACUUUUUGUUGCCAUUUAAAUAAAGAUGUAAUUUUGGUUAAAUAUUUAGUUUUAAAUCUAAAUCUUUUAAAUUUCUUGCAGCAUUUUCAAAGAUAAUGAAGAUAUGAUUUUUUUUGCCGGACAACACAAUUUUUUUUUGAGCCAGGAAGUAUGUUUAAGUGUAAAAUAAAGUUUUAGAUUAUUUAUGCCCCACUCUCCUUGCUGACAUUUCUUACAAAGUUUACUUCAGUUGAUACUUUUUUUCUUAACUGUAUGGUAAUACAUUCCAAGCUCCCAUCACUUAUAUAUGUUAGAGGGUAAUAAUUUUGAAUUUAUUUUGACACAUGUAAGUGUAAGAUUUAUUUUGACACUUGUAAGGAGGGCGGUAGAUUAUGGUAGUUUUGCAUUUAUUUUGACAUGUAAGAUGUUGAAAUUAUUCUUCUGUUGUGCUAUGAGAUUGUGAUAGUUCUGGAUUUGUUUUUGACAUACGCAGCUGUGGGAGGGAGGGUGAUAGUUAAGCACAUAUUUCUACACGUGGCAGAGAGAGGGUGAUAUUUUUGGAUUUAUUUCAACAUAUACAGCUGUAAGAGGGUGAAAGUUUGGGACUUAAUUUUGACAGUAAAGCUACAAGAGGGUGAUAGUUUUCAUUGCAAUAGUUUUGACUGUAAAUAAAGAGAAGAUAUAAUAUUGUACAGAAGAGUACCGCAAAAAAAUUCAUAGUCGUAUUUAUUGAUUAAGAUACUCAGAAAUGCUCCAUGUUGGUGCAAGUUCCUUUAUGUGUCAAAUUAUAAUAAAUUGUCAGCAUUUUAUUAUUGUAAUCAUUUAGUAUCAGAUAUUAUUAGGUGUAUAUAUAUUUGUUAAACUGUUGCCUCUUAAUGAGUGCUUAUCUGAUGAAACGCAGAUUUCCAUAGAUUGAAAUAACAAAAAUUCCGUGAACCAUUAGCCUGCUGGCGGCAAUUGAUUGUGAUUUUGCAACCAGUGCAGACCAAGAUCAACUUGCAUAGCGGAUUGUUCUGCACUGUUCACUAUUCAGUCAGUAAAUUCUCGGUAAACACUUCUUUGAAUAAAAUAUGGCACUGCCCAAAUUGAAUGAUUGACCAGUCCAUUUUAGAAAUUUUGCAGAGUAUAGGUUAAAGACUUAAAAUGCACUUUUAUAAGACAUUUUGAUAUUUGUUUAUAAUUUGAUAACUUAAAAAAAAAAAUGGAUUACAGCUUUUUUUUGAAGUGCAUCUUCCAUUAAUUAUUAGAAUGGGGAGGUAAUUUAUGUAAAAGUUUGUAUGUCGGGUUAUGUAUAAAUAGGGGUGUAUACGUGAACUAAUCCAUUCACAUUCAGUACAGUCAAACCUGUGAAUAACUACCUGUUGACAGAGAACACUUAAUACAAGUUUCUUAUUUGCAGUGUACUUAACCUGUUAAUAAAGACCACAAGAAAUUCUUUGUUUCAUAUUAAGUCAAUUCUGAUCCAUUGUCAAAUAUUUUUUCUGGACUUUCACUCAGUCAUAGACCUACUUUCGGCAAGGCAUCAAUACAUUUGCUUCAAGAAAAUGAGAAGAAAAAGUGAAAUUGAAUAGUAUGCAGUUAAUGCAUGUCCACUGAGACCGGGUACACUCAUAUUUUAAGUAAACAUCCUGAAGACAAGCAAGUAUAAGCAUGAAAAAUGUCUGGUUUUAUUAAUAAAAGAAUUCCCCAACUUUGGCCCCACAGUUGAGGAACAAAUACGUAAAAAUGGAAAAAAAAUAGGAUCUGUUUAUUUGGGACUUUCUUUGACUACAACAUGGAAGCAUAUUUUUGACCAAAUUGCUGCUGUAUUGCUUUUGACACUUUCAUGCCUGGUUUUUAUGUUCGGGUUUGACUGUAUUUGAAUCAUUAUAGAAAAUAGAGAGAACAUGUAUGUCUUAUUGAUUAACUUACAUUUAUUUUGAUAUGGUGCUGUUAUAUAUUGUAAGUACAUCUUGUGCCAAAUAUUUUAGAGAGAUUUUAGCAUUAUUUGACGACCUCGGACUUCCCUAAGUCACUGUUCAGAUAUAGUUUAUUGUUUUAAGCAUUCUAUAGAAGGUAUUUAUAGUAAUACAAUACAGGUAUAGUGAAAUAUUGAUAGAGUGAGUUCUUAAUGGGAUGAAUAAUAUGCUUGAGAUAUCGAGGGCUUUGAGCGAUCCAAUCACAGAAUGGCUCAGGACCACAUGAAUAACUGGUAUGAGCUUAUAUGCUUGAGUAAUUCAUGCACAAGUGACAUUGAUGCUGAUGGCAGCAUAGAUGCUUAAGUCUUUGGUGUUCGUGUGAGCAUGGAUGCUUGAGUCAUUGAUGUUCAUAUGAGCAUGGGUGCUUGAGUUAUUGAUGUUCAAGUGUGCAUUGAUGCACGAGGGAGACGUAUUUCACUGUACAUAAUUGGAUUUUUUUGUACGAUAGAAUAAAUUGUCGAUUAAGACUGUGUGAAAUAUAGUUGAGAUUUGUAAUUUGUAUUUUUACGUUUCCAUCUUCCGUGAUCUUCCAUACUCCUCGUAUUUGAUAGCAUUAUAUGUACAGUUUGAGCAUAGACAUCUUUUAUCUUCCUUGUUUGAUUGGUCAUGAUUUUUUAAUAUGGUAUAUGAGCCAGUGCAUGAUAAAAUCUAAUUGUCAAUUAUGCCAAGGUGUCAGAAAAUGGCAUCAAGACAAUUCAAGAGUAAAUGUCAUUACACCUAUGUAGUGUAAAGACAGUACAGUUGGUUAAUGAUUAAUCCUCAAGUGUGUUACUUCUAAGUUUGUUUGUUAUAUAUCAGUCUUGUUGCUUUAAAGAACUGAAACUUGAAAAUUAUGCCAAAAUUAUGUGUGUGUAUUUUUCGAUGCACUGGCUCAAUUUCUAUGUAAACUGUUAUGACUCUGUUGUUAUAGAGAUGAAUACAUGUAUGUGCUGUACUAUUUUAGUUUGAAUGUUGUUAACAGUGUUUUCAUAUGUUUAUCGGCAAGCUAUCCAUGAAGUUCCAGAAAUAACAGUUCUGAACUAGCGAAAAACAUCCAUUUUAAUUAUUUCUGAACAAUGUAAAUAUAAAGAUGGUUAGUCUCAUUUGAGCAACAUUUUAUGACAUUUUUCAGUAUUCGUAUAUCUUUUACGAGAUUUAUUUCAACUACCUGAAACAAAAAUCAAGUUUUAAAACAGCGUGUAACUUCAGAAUUCAUCUAUUUUCAAUUUAUGUUGGUUGCGCAACCGAGAUAGUCAAAGGGAGGUAAUAAUAAUUCUGUAAACUUGCAUUUCUAAUUAAUGUUGGCAAAGCAAGUACAUUUCGAUGCAAAUCUUUGACAACUGUAAUUCUAUAGUGCUUAUACCAUUCCUUAGGUAAAAUACGUUUAUUGAAUUUGUACUUAUGAUAAAACAACGCUU